AUGUCAGACACAAAUCUGUCAUACGUCAAUGAUUCUCUUAAUGCAACACUGAGUCAACGGGACAACUUCAUCUCAGCUUUGACCAAGAACAUGAUCGUCACAGCUCUCUGCAUCUCCAUUAACUUCAUUAACGGCACUCUGCUCCACACCUUCAGGAAGCACCAGGUCACUGAUUAUGCUUCCAAUUUGCCUUCUUUUUUCCUCCCUCAGAUCUUCAACUCCAACCCUCGUUACAUUCUGUUCAUCCACCUGGUGAUCAACGACAUGAUACAGCUGAUCCUGUCGACUCUGCUGCACAUCAUCAGCUACGUCCUGUACACUAUCACCGUGCAGCUGUGCCUCGUCGUGCUCAUCAUCACCAUCAACACCACCAUCAACACCCCACUGAACCUGGCCUGCAUGGCCGUCGAGUGCUACAUCGCCGUCUGCAUGCCCCUCCAUCACGGACGGAUCUGCACGGUGAAGAAAACCUACGUCCUGAUCGGUCUGAUCUGGGCUGUGGGUUCUCUCUCCAUCCUGCCGGAUCUGUUCAUCCUUCUGGCUACGCAGCCGCUGCACUUCUUUCGCUCCAAAGUGUUGUGCAACAGAGAUUCCGUGUUCAGGAGCUCAUACAGCUUAAAGAAACGGGACGCCUCUCACAUUGUUUAUCUAGUCCUAGUUUGGCUCACACUUUUUUACACCUACUUGAGGAUUUUAUUUGCGGCCAAGGUUGCGACUGCGACCAUGAAAAAAGCCAGAAUCACCAUUCUCCUUCAUGGUUUUCAACUGCUGUUGUGCAUGCUCACCUACGUGGCACCACUGUUUCAACAGGGUCUGCUUCUCCUGUUGCCCAAUGAGCUCCAGUCCAUACGCUUUGCUAUCUACGUCAUUGUCCAGAUCCUGCCACGGUUUGUUAGUCCCAUUGUAUACGGACUGCGAGACCAGACCUUCAGGAGAUACAUGAGCAGGUACCUGCUGUGUAAAAUGAGAAGCAACCACCCAGACAAUGUCCUCACCUCUAAAAUCAGGCCUUCUGUCUAAGUGUCCAUAUGUUGUUUACUACUGAGUCAAUUCAUUGAUUAGUCGACUGAAAUGAUGAAAUUAAAAUAAAAUGUGAUCACUGUAGCAGCACUUACAUUUACUC